UAAUCACUAAAAGUCAUGUCAUACUGUCAUUCUGUUAUAAAUAGAACAGUUUUGAGUUCUUUAAUAUAAUGCAACACUUGAGUCAUCUUAAUCAAGGUGAAAAGUCAUUAAGUCUUGGAUUCUUAUCUCAAAAAUUUAAAAAUCCAAAGUUAAAAUUAACAAAAUUUCACAAAUGUUCCUGAAGUGUAUAGAUUGAGGGAAUUAUUUGAUUCUAGCCAAGCUCUCAAGUCUGUCUAAGCGUGAUAUUUAACAAGAACUUGACACAGUGGGUGUACACUUGCCUGACAGAAUAAAUUCCGUAGCCCCAGCCAACCAAGAGAAACAGAAGUACUGGCCCGUAGGUCUCAGCCUUAGGAUCUACAUUGUUUAUCUUUUUGUUUAUGAACAAUAUCAUGGAAAUGAAUGCAUUCUCAUUGAGUGUGUAAAUCAAAACUGGUUUUUUCUAGAGCUUUGGGGAAAAGGAAAGAAUUAAUGGGGCAAGAUCAAAGCACUGGAAAUAAACAGUAGAAAUAACAAUAGAAAGGUCAGUAAGGUGGCACAGGAAAUGCUUUGUGUGAAGGGCAAACUUAUCACCCGAAAAGUGGGGAGUGAACUGGCUGUGGGCAAGUUGUUUACUUAUGUUUACUUGUUAUUAUGAUGAGCAGAUAGUGAUGCUUUUGUUUUCCUUUAUUAGUGACCACUAAAAAGAGACCAGGGAGGCCUUUAAGGAGGUUGGAACAAAGAUGAUGUCAUAAAGAGCACUGAAAGUAACAUUUCAGUUUCACUCCAUACCUAGAAGAAUUUAGCUCACAAGAUAGUUUUUGUGUAUGUUGAAUAGUAGAUGCAUGAAUGCAGUCUUUAUUCAUUGUAUAAAGACCUGCUUAAUUUAACCUGCAAAUUAAGUGAGACUUGAACACAAUUUUGUUCAUCUUGAAGAAUGUAUAGCAUUAUAGGAUAGUUGAGAGGUUUGUUUUAAAUAUAAAUUAUUGUUAUUUGGAUGUUGUAACUUCAGCAGACAGAAGGUUCUAAGAGGUUGGAUGCUUUGGAAUAUCUUUAUAUAGGGAAUAGACCUCCUAUUUCUUAAGCAAGUUGCUUCUGGAAUUGAUGCAACAAAGAUAUUAGCUGGAGUUUAAUGGAGAAAGUGUUCUACGAACUGCUGCUAUUGGUAUUUCUCUUAGAUGUUUUCCACUGAUGUUUGUGAUGCUUGAAAAAUCCAAAUUCUGCUUGGAUAAAUUUGUUUUAUGCUUUUUUCUCUCUACCUCCCUCUUUCCCUAGGUGCCCUCCCACAUUUUGUUACUGUGAAAAGCUGUUGUCCUAUUACCUCACUGAUAAGUGAUCUUAACUGUAUUCAUUCAGAAUGCUUUAAACUUAUUCCUAAGCUGUUUUUGUUUAUGGACUUUGGGUUAUUUUGUUAUUAUUGUGAGAAUAUUUAAGACAUUGUAAGAAGUAAUUUUAAAUCUAUUGCAUAACCUUUUUUGGUUUGUCUGGAUACUACUAUAUAUUAAUUUAUUAUGGCCUUAUACAAUUCACUUGUUUUCUGAGAUUGCUGUAGAAACUGAUGAAGAAAGAGUCAUACUAACCUAAAUGAAUCGUCAGUUGAUCUAGCAUUUUAUUUCAGGUUUCCUUGUACUUUGGGCAUCCAAAGCACAAGAUCCGAGAUAAUCUUUUUUCACAUUUGUCCCUCAAAGCAUCUUACCCUAAGCCAUAAGAAGACUAAGUGAAAGAAGAGAAUCUCUCAUUGUCUGACUCUUUACACAGCCUGAUUUUACUCCUGGUUUGAAACAAAGUUAGUGUUUACCAUUGGUUACUUUAAAAUAUUCACCAUACUGUUACAUUCAUUAAGACAUCUGUUUGUUAAUUCACGAUUGUGUACUUAAAAAAGAGAACAUAGAAGAAUGAGUAAAGUGACCAAGAUAAGGGCAAAGUGACAUAUCUAAAGUUUGCUUCUCGAAUUUUUCCACCAGCAUAAUCCUCAAGCAGAGGAGCAUGAAUGUGUAGGGGAAGGAGCCUGAGGGCAAAAUCAGAAGCAGCCUGCCACUCAUGAAAUUUCGUGUUCUGUCUUAAAAAUGUUCUAUGACAAGGUGCUAUCUUUGCAUGAAGAUUCAGCAACCCCUGUGUCUAACCCUCUGCUUGCAUUUACUCUCAUCAAACGCCUACAGUCCGACUGGAAGAAUGUGGUACAUAGUCUGGAAGCCAGUGAGAACAUCCGAGCUCUGAAGGAUGGUUAUGAGAAGGUGGAACAGGACCUGCCAGCCUUUGAGGACCUUGAGGGAGCAGCAAGGGCCCUGAUGCGGCUGCAGGACGUGUACAUGCUCAGUGUGAAGGGACUUGCUCGAGGUGUCUUCCAGAGAGUCACUGGCUGUGCUGUCACUGACCUGUACAGUCCCAGACGGCUUUUUUCCCUCACGGGGGAUGACUGCUUCCAGGUUGGCAAGGUGGCCUAUGACAUGGGAGAUUACUACCAUGCCAUUCCAUGGCUGGAGGAGGCUGUCAGUCUCUUCCGAGGCUCUUAUGGAGAAUGGAAGACAGAGGAUGAGGCAAGUCUAGAGGAUGCCUUGGAUCACUUGGCCUUCGCCUAUUUCCAGGUGGGAAAUAUUUCCUGUGCCCUCAGCCUCUCCCGAGAGUUUCUUCUGUACAGCCCAGAUAAUAAAAGGAUGGCCAGGAAUGUCCUGAAAUACGAAAAGCUCUUGGCAGAGAGCCCUAACCAGGCCAUGGCUGAGGCUGUCAUCCAGAGGCCCAACGUACCCCACCUGCAGACCAGGGACACCUAUGAGGAGUUAUGUCAGACCCUGGGUUCCCAGCCUACUCACUACCAGAUCCCCAGUCUCUACUGCUCCUAUGAGACCAGUUCCAGUCCCUACCUGCUGCUCCAGCCUGUCCGGAAAGAGGUCAUUCACCUGGAACCCUAUGUUGUUCUCUACCAUGACUUUGUCAGUGACACUGAGGCUCAGAAAAUUAGAGGCCUUGCAGAACCAUGGCUACAGAGAUCUGUGGUGGCAUCAGGCGAAAAGCAGUUACCAGUGGAGUACCGCAUCAGCAAAAGUGCCUGGCUAAAGGACACCGUUGACCCAGUGCUGGUGACCCUCGACCAUCGCAUUGCCUCCCUUACAGGCCUUGAUGUCCAGCCUCCCUAUGCAGAGUAUCUCCAGGUGGUAAACUACGGAAUCGGAGGGCACUAUGAGCCUCACUUUGACCAUGCUACGUCACCAACCAGCCCACUGUACAGAAUGAACUCUGGGAACCGAGUUGCAACAUUUAUGAUCUACCUGAGCUCGGUGGAAGCUGGAGGAGCCACAGCCUUCAUCUAUGGCAACUUUAGCGUGCCUGUGGUCAAGAAUGCAGCACUAUUUUGGUGGAACCUGCAUAGGAGUGGUGAAGGGGAUGGUGACACACUUCAUGCUGGCUGUCCUGUCCUGGUAGGAGAUAAGUGGGUGGCCAACAAGUGGAUACACGAGUAUGGACAGGAAUUCCGCAGGCCUUGCAGCUCAAGCCCUGAAGACUAAAAUGUUGGCAGAGAGAAGCUGGAGGAGUCCUUUGGCUUUCCAGAGAAGCCAGAAGCCAAAAGCUAUGGUAAGAGAGGAGAAAGGAGAGCAAGCUUCUGGAGAAGGGCCUUUGUCAGCAUUGCCUAUUCCUUGCAAAUGGAAGACAAGGAAGUGGUCUCUAGCAGGGGACAUCUGAGAACUUACAGUUUCUCCUCAAGCCAUGAGUCACAGUAGAAUGAACAAUACAAAGGAGGGGGCAAGGAGGCUGGAGAGAGAAGUUCCUGGAGCUCAGACACUCUCUGUUGGGAACAGGACAUAUCAGCAGUCUCCAGGGUUUGGUCAUUGGGGCUUUUGCUACUUGAGCCUUGACCACGGGGGCCCAGAAGUGGCAGUGAGGACACCUGCAGGUGGUGCCUGACCCCCAUAUGCCCUUCUGUCUACUGACUUCUGCUGAAGGCUGAGCAGGGGGUAUCUCUGUAUCAGGAGUGUACCUCAUGUGAUGCUUUUUUUAAAGCAGAAAAUAACUUUUUAAAAAUAUGAUUUUUUAAUACAGCCAUUAAAAUGUUUUAAUACAGUCAUUAAAGAUGUUUACAAAUCAUUUUUCACAACCAAGAACAUUCUUACAUUGUAAUAUUGAGUGAAAAAGGCAGAGUAUAACAUUUUAUUUAUGUGUAAUCUCAUCUUGGCUCCCCUCUCACUGCAUUCCAGACACAAGACAUUCUUUCUAUUCCUCAGAACCAACAUGGGUCCCACUCUUCAGGCCUUUUGCAUUCGCUGCUCCUGCCAUGGUUGCUGGUCUCACCAUUCCACUCUUGGCUCAGUGUCGCUUCAGAGGCCUUCUCUGACACCCAAACUUCCAGCCACUUUCGUUCACAUUAGCCAACUUUGUUUUCUUCCUAACACUUUUCUUGAAAUUACUUCAUUUAAUUGUGGCCAGUGGCCCUCCCUGCAGGGUGAAUGCUUUAAGACCCCUCUAUACUUUGUAAAUGCCUCUAUUGUAGCCCCCAUCUCACUGAAUUUCACUAUUUGUUUAUUUGCCUGGUUGCCUGCACUCCUUAUACCUCUUGGUAUCCCCAGAAAAAGGUCUGUUUCAAAUAAGUAGGCAUUCAGCAAAUAUUUUUGGAUAAAUGAAUAAGAAGGCCUCCUUUGAGUUGUACUUUGGAGGACAGGUAGACUUUUUUUAUAGGCAGAGCCUAAUGAGGAGAAGCAUUUCCCAGCAGAAGGACUAGCAUGAGCUAAGGCUGCAUUGAUGAGUGACUUGUGCAAAGAGAACAUUCCAGGCGACUUGGCUCAGGCUCCUCAACAGGAGCGAGGGCGUGUGCCUUGCUCACAAAGAAGCCACACAAGUAAAGGACUAGGUGCUUAGACACUGUGCUGCCUCCACCCCCUUUCCGCACCAUGCACAUCAGGGUUUCUGCCUCCCAGAGCUCUGUGGGCCCCAAGGAAAAGGUUCUGGUGUGCUGAUAUUCAGGUUCCUGAAGAGCCUCCAUGAGCACCUGGUCACAUCCCCAGUAUUUCUGCUGAGUGCAUCAGGACUCUGGAAACCCUCUUACUAAAUUACUGUCAUGUAGGGAAGAAAAAGUACUUUCCCCCUAAACUUCUGAGUUCUUAGCUGAAACCUGUGUAAUAAAAGACAUAUUAACAAAAGGAAACCCACAAGCUUAGUGACAUGUAUAUAUCAUGUAUACAUGGGAGAUACCCAGAGGAAAAUGAAUAACUCCCCAAGGUGGCUUAGAACUUGGGAUGAAAUACAAUCUUAAUUGGGAAAGGGGGGAUGUAGCCCUCUUAGAUUUGGGGGAAUGAUAAAUGGGCCCUUAGAGUACAGCCCAUAGGUGGGAGAUGUGAUGGUGACAGUUUAUCUAGGUGUGGUGUCCACUUGUAGUCUCUUCCCCUGUGGUAAGGGUCAGUUUUCCUUGGUUGGUGAAACUCUUGAGGAGGGGAUUUCUAACAAUUGAGUUCCUUUUAGAGCAUCUGUCUUCAGCCAGGUGAGAGCAGUUCAGGGAAAGUGGUGUGUCUGUGGGGCCCCCAAAGUGCUUAGUAGGUAGCUAUUUCUAAAUAGGACUGACUGUGGCUUGGUACAUAACUAGUUUAUAAUUUUGUUUCUUUCUUGCACGCUUCUUCAACUGUUUUUCUAACAGCUUUCUCCAACCUGGGUUCCUGGUGUUGCACUCAGUAUCUCUCACAAGAUUCACUACAGGGAAGAUUCUUUAUGUUAAUGACUAUUAUCAUUGACAUUAGUAACAUACUGAUCGUUUACCACUGGCCAGUCACUGUGCUAAGAACUGAGGUGUAACUGUCUCCUUCAAUCCUCACGAUGAAUAGGUACUAUUAUCUCCAUUUUAUAGAUGAGGGAAACUGAGGCAGAGAAUGUGUAACUUGCCUGAGGUUACACAGCUAUAAAGUGGCAGAGGCAGGAUUCGAAUACAGGUCUGCCUCUGAAGAUCAUUAUUUUUUAAAUUUUAAAAAAUUGAAGUAUAGUUGAUUUACAAUGCUGUGUUAAUUUCAUGUGUACAGUGAAGUGAUUCACAUACAGUAUAUAUGUGUAUAUAUAUCUUCUUUUUCAGAUUCUUUUCCCUUAGAGAUUAUUACAAGAUAUUGAGUAUAGUUCUCUGCACUAUACAGUAGGUUCUUGUUGGUUAUCUAUUUUAUAUAUAGUAGUGUAGAU